AUGGAUGCAUCGAAGUCUUUAAGAGACACGGGGUUUGCUAAACUUUUAUCGAAGGUAUUCUCUUUUUGUCAAAAACAUGAUAUUAAUAUUGUGGAGAUAACGGAAAAUUAUGUCACAUCAAGAGGCCAUAAGACUAAAGUUACUAAUCAAUUUCAUUUUGAAGUUGAAAUGUUCAACGCCGUCAUGGAUAUGCAAAUUAAAAAAUUCGGGGACCGAUUUAGUGAACUUAGCACCCAAUUACUAGAAUACAUGGGGGCUUUGAGUCUUUAUUUUAAUGAUGCGGAGAGGAUGCAACUUGAUGGUGAACUUGAAAUAUAUUAUCACGCUUUGCAUAAAGAUGACCGGUUCACUAGUUUGCAAAGAACUUCUGACCUUUCUCGUUUGAUGGUGGAAAUGGGGAAACAUCGGUCUUAUCCUAUGGUUUAUAGGUUGUUGAAGUUGGUUUUGGUUUUACCCGUUGCAACUGCAACAGUCGAAAGAUGUUUUUCAGUGAUGAAGUUUUUGAAGAUGGAUUUGCGUAACAAAAUAGGUGAUGAUUUUUUGAACGAUGCCAUGAUUUCUUAUGUUGAAAAAGAAGCACUUAUGAAAGUCAAGAUCAAAGAUGUAAUGGAUCGGUUUCAAAAAAUGUGUAACCGUAGAUGUCAAAUUUAG